AUGGUAUCUAGCAAUCUUCCUCGUAAUUUCCGUUUAUUGGAAGAAUUAGAGAAAGGAGAAAAAGGACUUGGAGACGGAGCAUGUAGUUAUGGUUUAGCUGAUGAUGAUCUUUUAAUGCAUAAUUGGCAUGCAACUAUUCUCGGUGCACCUCAUUCAGUUCAUGAAAAUCGUAUUUAUAGUUUAAAAAUUUUCUGCAGUGACCAAUACCCUAAUCAACCUCCUACACUUCAUUUUGUAUCAAAGAUUAAUUUACCCAGUGUUAAUCCACAAACUGGAAAGGUUGAACCCAGUCGCUUACCUUGCCUUACAUAUUGGAGAAGCAAUUAUACACUUGAGACUGUAUUAACUGAAUUAAGAAGGGAAAUGGCUACUAUUGGACGUAAAUUACCUCAACCCCCUGAAGGCACCACUUUUUAAAUUGAUUACAAGUAAACAUAAAGAAUAUAUUAUUCAUAAACUAUUCUUAUAAAAUUUUUGUCUUUUAAUACAUGUUAUAUAAACACGAAUAUCCAACGCAUUUGCAUAAAUGGGAUAUGCAAUUUGAGUUUAUUCACCUAUUUUGAAACUUUGCAAUAAAAUAAAUAGGGUCAAUUAUAUCUUGUUUAGACAUUUUUAUAGGGGAACAUAUAUCAGUC